AUGGCGUCCUGGUACACCAGCUUCGUCACCAAGACGUCCUCGCAGAUAUCCUCCCUGCGCUCCACGUACCUCUCCACCGACGCCGACGGCGACACCGUCGACGACACGCACGCCUGCCGCGUCCUGCGCAACUACUACGCCGACAAGGGCCGCCCCCUCCCCCCCUGGCUGCCCGCCGACCCCAAGGCCGCCCAGCCGCCGCCCGCCGCCCUCUACACCCAGCCCCAGCUCGGGUCCCGCUACGGCGGCGGCAACGGCGGUGGGGUACCGGCCUCGUCGAGUCUCGCCAGCUUAUGGGACAACAACAACGGCGGAGCCGGCCAGCCACAGCAGCAGCCCCAGAGCCUACGCGCCGGACGCGGAGGGGCGAGCAUGCCGCAGCCGGGCAGGGAGGAGGUGGCGGCGCGGCCGCUGCCGAGUCAGCGCACGGGGAGCUACCAGAGCGUGGGUAGUCAGUCGGGCGCGGUCGGCGCGACGGCGCAGGAUCGCUUGAAGAAGAAGCUCUGGGGCCCGGCACGCGCGGCGAGCCCGGCGGCAGUGCCGGCGCAGGGACAGAACCAGUACGCGGCGCCACCGCUGAGCGGUGGUGGUGGUGGAGGAGGAGGGCAGUAUGACGGUGGUCGGGGCGGAGGCGAUCAGUACGGGAGAGCACCACCGAGCGGGCAGCGUCAAGGCCUCCCGAGCGGUCCGAGAGGGUAUAGGUAA